AUGUCGACCGAGACCGAGCCUCAACCCUCCAAGCCUGGUGUCGAAGAUGAGAAUUCCGAUGUCGAGGAAGAUGAACAGCCCCAGGAAUCAGAACAGGGAAGUGGUGACGGAUCUGAUACCAGUGAGCGUACCAAUGGUACUGAUGCCAAUGAUGGUGACAAUGAAAGCGAGACCGCCGAUGAGGAAGCCCCCCUCCCCGCAACCUACGCCGAGAUCCAGGCAGAACUUGCUGCGCGGACCGCUCGCCAGAGGGCUGUCAUGGCAGAUAUUCAGCAGCUUCUUGAGUUUAUCGAGGCUAUGAAGCUGGAGGAGCAAUUCGAACGGAACAUGGACGAGUUUAUGAUAGAAUGUUACCGUUUCAUCAGCCAGCUUGAGGAUUAG